UCGCGUCCCCUCUCGCCGAUUUCUGUCCACCACCAACACCAACAGGGGAAAGGGGGAGAGAGGAGGAGCAGUAGUAGCGCUUCCGGACCCGCCGUUGGAAGUAAAAACCGAAGCUUUUUUUGUUUUCUUGUCUGGCGUUCCACGCGGUUCUUGUGACGGUUGCCAUUCCCCUCCCCACUGGUAUUAAUGCUCCCCGUUUCGCUUUUCCGGCGGGCGGGCGGCCCCGUUUCUUGAAUCUUGGCUGGUUGUUUGUUUUUGUUUUUUUUUUCUGAUUUUGUUUUGGUGGGGUACUACCGGGUGGAUACAGAGGAGAUGCUGUCCUGUUCCUUCCUCUUGGCGAUUUUCGUUAGGGUUUUGGUCUGCAUUGUAUCGCCGAUGUGGGAUUUGGCCGAGAUUCUGGUGGUGGGCGAGGGCUGAGGUUUCGCAAUCUGACUCCCCCACGCCGGAUUUCCGGCGGGAUUUUUUUUCUUUCCACGCGCGGAGUGUGGGUUUGACUGAUUUCUUCGGUGGAUUUGAAGGAGAUAAAUCUCAGCUUUUUAGGGGUUUUAGGUACACCCAAUUUUCGAUCUUGUCCGCGGUUUUAUUUCUUCUAUGUACACAUCGAUUUUUCUCCUCUGUUUUCUAGUUGAACACACAGAGUUUGGAGACGGAAGGGUGGAAUUCUUGCCUGAUAAAUUUAUAUCAUUUCGGCAUUUUUUUUAAGACAAAGAAGGUCGCAUUGCGAAGCCUUAGCAGAAAGAAUGUUUGGCCGUACGUUUUCUCGGUCUCUGCAGCUGUAUUCAACCCCUGCCUGCAUCCUGUACCCAUCUCUGUAUUUUUUAUUACAGCAGAAAAGGAAAGAAAAAUCUAAUCUUGUGUCGGGUUGAUAUAUGAACCUGGCCUCUCGACAUUUGGUGGUGGCAAAGCAAAGCCAACCUUCCCUGUUGCUGCUUUGAAUGUUCUGGUGGUUGUCGGAUGGAUCGCCGCAGCUGGCUCUGGAAGCGCAAGUCGUCAGAUAAGAGCCCUGGGGAGAGCGAUAGCUCUGGCUCGGCUUCAUCACACUCUGAGCCUUACUUCGAUGAUCAGGAACGUAAACCUAUGUCUAGUAAUUCUUCUCCAAAUCAUAGUCAUUCGCCUGACGUUUCUUCUAGAAUAAUUGAUGAUGAGACUCAAGAAGCUGAAAGAGCAGAAUCAUUGAAUGAGAAGCUGGUUUUGGCAACUAGCUCAAAUGAUUCUUCUCCACAACAUGAUCAAUCAAUGAAGCCAGAGGUAUACCAAUCACCACUGCCAGAAGUAACCCCAAAUAUGAUGAAUGAUGAUGUCCAGGAUUCUGUAAAGAAUUUGAAUGAGAAGGUGUCCCCAAAGGUCAAGGACGAUGAUGUCCAGGAUUCUGUAAAGAGUUUGAAUGAGAAACUUUCUGCUGCCCUUUUGACUAUCAAUGCUAAAGAGGACUUGGUAAAGCAGCACACUAGAGUUGCAGAAGAGGCUGUUGCAGGUUGGGAACAAGCUGAAGCUGAAGUUGCUUCCCUGAAGCAACUACUUGAAACUGCAUCCCAGAAAAAUACCUCUCUGGAGGGUCAGGUCAGCCACCUAGAUGAUGCCCUUAAAGAAUGUGUAAGGCAGCUUCGCCAAGCACGCGAAGAACAAGAGAAGAAAAUCCGUGACAUAGUUGCUAAGAAGUCUAAAGAAUUGGAGUCUGAGAAGUCUGAGCUCCAGCACCACAUUGCUGAACUCAGUAAGCAGUUGGAAGCCACAAAACUAGAAGCUACUACUGUGCGUGUCCAGCGCGAUCUGCAGGAGAAGCUUCAGAUAGUGGAGAAAGAAAACAAAGACCUCAAGGUUGAAUUACUUGCACUGUCCAAGGACCUGAAGAUACUUGCACGGGAACGAGACCUAAGCAACCAAGCAGCAGAAACAGCAAGCAAACUUCAUCUAGAAAGUGUGAAAAAGAUAACAAGAGUUGAGGCAGAAUGCCUUAAGUUGCGUCAUCUAACGCGGCGUACAUCCUUGAUGAAUGAUUCUAGACCGAUAGCUAACAGUGCUUGCAUGGAAUCUCAUACUGACAGUCAGUCUGACAGUGGGGAGCGCAUGCUAGUUGAUGAUGAAAUGAAAAAUUCUGAUUCGUGGGCAUCAGCUCUGAUAGCUGAACUUGAUCAGUUCAAGAAUGCCAACAAUGGCACAAGAAAUCUUGUGAAUGAUCCGGUUGAAAUUGACCUGAUGGAUGAUUUCCUCGAGAUGGAAAAGCUGGCUGCACUGCCUGAAGUAGACUGUGUAAGCUCUAGCUUUGGAGCUGAAACUGAUUCUGACCGGGGUGUGACUAGAGAUAAAUCAUCAAAAGCUGAAACUGAGUCAUUGCAGUGUCAGGUGACAGCUUUGCUUGCACAGGUUGAAAAAAUUGAAGGUGAGAAAAGGGAGCUCGAAAUUGCUCUUGCAGACGCCAGAGAUCAGCUUGGCACAUCAUGUGAUACCCUAAUGGUUGCCAACAAUAAGUUGAUUGAUUUGCAGAUGCAGUUGGACUUGGCAAAUGAGUCCAAACAUGCUGCUUUCGGAGAAGCCGAGCGACUGGAUGGUGAGAGGAAAGAUUUGGCAUUACAACUGGAGUCUAAGUCUGCUCAAGUUAAUGAGCUUGAGCUGAUGGUGGCAUCGCUGGAAGAAAGAGUAGACAGGAAGGAGUUAGAAUUGCAGUUAGAGUUAAUUUCUGCAGAGGCAGCAGAUCUGCGCAAGACAGUGGCUUCCCUGGAACAGAAGAUUGAUGCAGAGAGAACUCUCUCUAUGCAGCACAAAGCAAAUGCAGACAUGGCAGAGGCGUCCAAAGAAUCAUUAGAGGCACAGCUGCAGUCUGCAAACACAGAGAUAGGGAAACUGAAAGGGAUUGUGCAAACUUUAGAGAGUGAGGUGCGGAAAGAGACGGAUUCUUGUGAAGAACUACUGAAACAGAUAGAGACUAUGAAGACUGAGUCAGAGAGAUCACUAUCUGUGGUGUCUACCAAAGAGUCAUUAGAGGCCCAGCUCCAGGUAGCGAAUUCCGAAGUUGCAAAGUUGCGUGAGAUGGUGAAUGCUCUGGAGUGCGAUGCAGCAAAAGAGAAGGCAUAUUCUUCAGAUAUCCAGAUGCAACUUGAGGCAGUGGAAGGCAUCAGGAAGGUGUUGGAAUCUGAACUCGAGUCUUCACACCAGGAGGUGAUGAAGCUCAAGGAGAAGGUUUCGUCAUUGGAAGUAAGGCUCAAGGACCAGACCUCGCUGCUUGUAGAAUUUACAGCUAAAUCAGAGGAUGCAGUGUCCCGGAAAAAGGCAAUGGAGGGUCAACUAGAAGCAGCAAAUCUGGAAGUUACAAAACUGAGAAACAAGGUGAGUCUGCUCCAAGGGAAGGUCGAGCAGGAGAAGCUUCUGUCAGAAGAGUACGAAGCAAAAUGCCGCAAGCUGGAGGCUCAGGUGUCGAGGGAUAGUCGAGAGGUGAAGCUUUGGCGCCUCACGAACUCAAAUGGAGACCUGAAGGUGAAGCAGGAGAAGGAACUAACCAGUGCUGCAGGGAAGCUUGCAGAGUGCCAGAAGACCAUAGCUAACCUCGGUCGCCAGCUGAAAUCUCUAACAGACCUUGAUGGUGUGGCACCUGAUCCUGAAAAGCUGGAAUCCAGGGACACACACCUGGACUUCAGAGAUGGCGGCGACGACCUGCUCUCUGCAGACGUGGCUGACGGACUGUAUGAAGUUGGUCUUCCUAAGAGGAACGGUAGCUGCCUCUCGCCCCUUCGGUCGAAUCAGUCGUCGGGUGGUUUGCCGUCCCUUAGUAGCUACUUGAGCAAAACAAAAAGGUGAAAAAUCUGAUGAGACCAGACCAUUGUGCAUAAAUUAUUUGACAGUCUAUGGAUGAUGAUGUCAUUUGUUACCUGGUGGUAGAUCUGUGUACAUUUACAGAACUUGAUGGUUGCUUACAUGUGUCCAUCUACUUUCUCCUUUGCUA